AUGGGGCAUUUCACCGUCCUCCAGGGGCCAGAACGCCUUGAGACCUUCCAAGUCGACACGACACACGAGGCAUACCCUGCCAUCGAGGAAGCUGCUUCACAUCUCUGUGAACGUGAUACACCUGUGGCCUUUCCUACCGAGACAGUAUAUGGCCUGGGGGCUGACGCCACGAGAAGCGCGAGUGUUCGAGGGAUAUACGCGGCCAAGAACCGACCUGCAGACAAUCCUCUCAUAGUUCAUGUCUCAGAUCUGGACAUGCUGAAGAGUUAUCUUGGUGGAGAUGACAUACCGAAAAAGUACCAACCGUUGAUCGAGCGGUUUUGGCCAGGUCCACUGACCAUGCUGAUGCCCAACCCGGAGGACUCGAGACUCGCCCCGGAAGUGACUGCAGGGUUGAAGUCGUUUGGGGCGCGGAUGCCAUCCACAAGUCUGGCAUUGUCACUGAUCAAGCUGACGGGGCGGCCACUUGCUGCGCCGUCAGCCAAUGCCUCCACGAAACCUUCACCAACGAUGGCGCAGCACGUCAAAUACGACUUGGACGGGAGGAUAGAGCUCAUACUCGAUGGAGGUCCCUGUGAGGUCGGCGUGGAGAGCACAGUCGUCGACGGGCUUUGCGACCCCCCUGCGUUGCUUCGGCCAGGCGGCAUAGGCAUCGACGAGCUGAGGAAGUGCCCCGGAUGGGAGAAUGUGGUCAAGGCCUACAAAGACCAAGGACACGAUGGAAAGACGGCACCAAGGGCCCCUGGCAUGAAGUACAAACACUACAGCCCCACGGCGAGGGUGAUUCUCUACGAGGCUUCAUGCGCAGAUGGCUCGGGAGGGAUUACAGCAGCAGAUGCAGAGCGGGCGCUCUCGCCUGAGGACGGUGCCGCAGAUACUUGCAAUGCGAACGUGAUGCGCAAGGUUGGCGUCAUUAGGACCAAAAGAUGGACACAGGUCGCUGGCUUGCACAGUAACCAGCUUUCCCCGGCCGUUUCGAAGGAAGAUGCUCGGGAUGGGGACGAUCAACAGCCCGGCACAUCGUAUCAGGUGCUCCAAGGUGAACUGGUCAGCGCAAAUGGUGAGGUGCGCGGAGGCCUGCUCGACAUCGACUUGGGCAGGGAAACGCGCGGCAUUGCCCAGGGGCUAUUUUCAGCGCUGCGUGAGCUGGAUCAGCUCGGGGCCUCCAUGAUAUUCGUGGAUGGCAUAGACGACGAGCUCGACAUUGCAGGCGCAGUGAUGAACCGCCUCCGCAAGGCGGCCUCCGAAAUCAGAGUAUAG